GCAGCAGCAGCAGCAGCAGUCGCUUCCGCCUCGGCGCUCGGGAAGGGGAGGGGCGCCUCCUUCUGGACCCCCCGGAGAGAUGGACCCCCCGACCUUGGGGGACCUGCUCCUGACCCUUUAUGAGAUGGGCUUCACCGAGCGGCAGGUGCGCGAUGCCCUCCACGCCGGCUGCCUCAGCGCCCCGGAGGCUGCCAAUUGGUUGCUGCAGGAGAGGGCGGAAGAGCCGCCGCAGCAGAGCGAACCUCCCAGAGCGCCGAAGGACCGCAGGGCGAUGGACGCCUUCAACCCCCCCAGGAGGGUCCAGGAGGCCUCGUCGGGGCCACCGGCUGCCAGCCUGGGCUGCCCAACACCGGGCCGCCUGCUGCUCCUGGUGCACCGCCCCGUUUGGGGUGGGCUUCCCAGCAUGCUCUUUGCUCUCCCCCCAGGCGCCAGGGUGGAGGUGGCCACAAAGGACCCCCCCGGGAGAGCGGGCAGCCAGGCUUUUGCUGAGCAGCAGCGGGAGCAGCUGGCGGAGGAGCUGAGGGCCGAGAGGAGGACCAAGCGGCGGGAGCACGAGUUGGCCCUGCAGAGAAUCGCAGACGACCGGCGGCGCAUCCAGGGCAAGGCCCAGCUGGGGCAGGAGGCUCCCCCCUCGGAGAAGAGAGCGCAGCCCCCCAGCGACGGGCAGUGCCUGCUUAGGAUCCGCCUCCCCUCGGGGGACUCCGUGUGCCAGAGCUUCCCGUCCGCCUCCCCCCUGGAGGCCGUCCGCCUCCGCCUCCUGGAGCUUCACCCGCAGCUGCCGCCCUCCUUCUCCCUCCUGCAGGGAUUCCCCAAGCGCCACUUUGGGCCGGCCGACCUGCCCCGCUCCCUGGGGGACCUGGGCCUGGCCCCCAGCGCCACCCUCUGCGUGGGGGGGCCCCCGGCACCCGAGGCCCCAGCCUCUGAGGGGGUUGCGGGGCCUGAGUCCCCACCGCAGACCCCGCAUGACGAGGAGGAGGAGGAGGAGGAGGAGGAGGAGGAAGAAGAGGACGACGAGGACGAAGAGCAGGAGGAGGAGGAGGAGGGGAUGGCAGGGCCUGGCCUCCCGAUCCCAGAGGGGAGAGGCCUCUUUGCUCAGGGUGCCAACCUGCCUUCGGUCCUCCGCUCUCCGGCGCAGAGGGUGACUCCGGGGGACUUUGCGGGGUUGCACGGCCACGGGGAGCUGGCCUUCCCUCAGCCCCACCGCUGGGGGAGGGGCCACAGGAUGGAUGUGGAGGAGCCCAUGGAGCAGGAGUCUUCGGCGUCCCUGAGGGAAGGAGAGGCUUCCGGGGGCCGGGGGCCGCCUCUGCCAGGUUCCGUGUCUUUUGGGGAGCGCGCUCAGGGCCUCUCGGGGUCUCGGCACCAGUGGCCGGCAGAGGGCAACCUGCUGAGGACGGCCGACGACGGGAGCCGAGCCGAAGCGCCCUCCCUCCCUCUGGCUGUGGCCCAGGCGGCUGAGUUGCGCCUGCAGCGGGUGAAUGCGCAGGGCCCAGAAGGCGAGGAGAAGGCCUCUCCCGCCGCCACGUCCCCCCCAGGCCGCCCGGCCCCCGCAGUGCCGCCGCUCUUCCAGCUGUCCCUGCGAGGGGCCACGGCCCUCCUCACAGCGCCCAGCAAGCAGUACUGCAGCAGCCUGGCCUCGCUGACGCCGGUGCUGGCCGAGCACCUCCUGGGGCACCUGGUGCGUCAGGGCCUCCUGAGCCCCCGCAGCCUCAAGCUCUUCUUCGGCUGCCCCCUCCAGAAGCUGCGCCUCGACUGCUACCCCUACGCCACCAACCAGCUCCUGCGCCAACUGCGGGCCUUUCCCAGCCUCCGCCACCUCAGCCUCCUCUCCUGCUCUGUCAUCACCGACCAGGGCGUCUCUGUGGUCCAGCACCUGCCCCGCCUGCAGCACCUCAACCUCUCGGCCUGCGUGAAGCUCACCGACAACUGCCUGCAGUUUCUGAAGGGGCUCCCCCAGCUGUCUCACCUGGCGCUGGACCAGACGCGAGUGACGGACCGGGGCCUGGGCGAGUUCCUGCUCUCGGCGCCACCCUCCCUCGCCCACCUGAGCCUCAACCAGACCGGCGUCACGGAUGCCACCCUCAGCCUUCUGCCCCAGUGCGCCCCCCAGCUCUGCACCCUCAGCAUCAAGCAGACGGGCGUGGUGGACGUUUCAGCCCUGCGGCGCUUGGAGUCUCUGCAGACGCUCCACCUGGACGGCACCCCGGUGAGCGAGGCCUCCCUGCGGGUGCUGUCCUCGCACCCGGCACUCUGCACCCUGACGCUCUCAGGGGUCCAGUCGGUCGACGGCAACACGGCCCUGGAGCUGGUCUCAGGUCUGCCCGCCCUCGCUCAGCUGGCCUUGCCCAGCCGCCACACGGUCACUGACGCCGGCCUGCCCUCCCUCUGCCGCCUGGCGGGGCUCCUGGAGCUGGACCUGACGGACUACAGCCACAUCACCGACAAGGGGCUGCAGCACCUGUCCCGGCUGAGCAGGCUGCGCCGCCUGUCUCUCUGCAACACGCUGGCCACGGACCUUGGCCUGCCGCAUAUCCAGGGCCUGCCGCAUCUGGAGGAGCUGUGCUUGGAUCGCCUGAACGUCUCCAGCACAGGGGUGGCGCGGUGCAUCAUCACUCUGCCCCACCUGCAGGUGCUGAGUCUUGCCAGCACGCCCGUCGGAGACACCGUGGCCCGCCUGGGCAUCUCCCGCUGCAAGCAGCUGCUCAAGGUGAACCUGAGCCGCACCCGCCUGACGGACCGAGGGCUCCGCUUCCUGCGCCAGGUGCCCCUGCUGCAGCUCAACCUGGACGGCUCCGGCGUGACCUCCGAGGGGGUGGCCGCCCUCCUGGCCGCCUGCCCCGCCCUCGGCAGCGUCCGUGCCAGCCACCUGCGCACCUUGCCCUCGGAGGACGUCUCGGACGAAGGAGAAGGACCCAGCUAGGCCAGCAAGGCCUCCUCUCCCCAGCCCCUCCCUCGACGCAUGGCGCACUUUCUUCUCCCCCCACUUCUCUUCCUGCGUCUCUGAGGGUUUGGCGCGGUCGGGCUCCUUGCAGGACUGGACUUUCCACGAGGGGUCGGGUGCCUCGGAGUCCCCCACGUCCUCAACGCCCUCGUCAUCACCGCACCAGGUCCGUUGGGAAGCCUGCCUCUGCGGACGAAGCUUGUCCUUCACUCGUCUUCCAUUCUCCAGCCUGACUUCUUGUUUCCCUCACCUGUAGCUGCACGAUGGGUGUUUCUUUCCUUUUUUAAAAGAAGAAGAA